GCCAUGGACAUUCCUGAAAAUGCUUCGACUGCGUAUGAAGACUACUAUUACCUGGAUCAUUUCGUGAUCACUCAAUCGAUCCCUACCCAGGAACCCGCCUCUGACAUUGAACCCAUCGUUCAAAUCCUGACUGUCAUUGUCUACAGUGUGACCUGCCUCCUGGGCUUACUGGGCAACGGCUUGGUCAUUGCAAUAAUCACGCUCAGGAUGAAGAAGUCCGUCAACGCCAUCUGGUUCCUCAACUUGGCCGCUGCCGACUUCCUCUUCAACGUCUUCCUGCCCUUGAACAUCGCCUACACAGCCAUGAACUACCACUGGGCCUUUGGCAGAACCAUGUGUAAAGUCAACUCCUUGCUUCUCAACCUCAAUAUGUACACCAGUGUGUUCUUGUUGACAGUCAUCAGCUUUGAUCGUUGCAUCUCGGUGGUUUUCCCAGUUUGGUCCCAAAACCACCGGAAUCCGAAGGUGGCGUGGUUGCUUUGCGUCCUCAUCUGGGCUCUCGGCUUUUCAAUGAGUUCCCCCUCCCUUUUUUUCCGAGACGUCAGAACGGAUCAAGACCGUAUCAUUUGUUUUAACAACUUCUCCUUGUCCUGGUCUCCUUCUGACAACCAGCUCGGUGAAAUGAGACAUACAAUAGUAACUGUCGUUCGGUUCCUGGUUGGCUUCAUCGUUCCGAUGACCGUUAUCACGGCAUGUUAUGGCAUUAUGAUUUUCCGGCUGAAAAGGAACCGUCGCACCAAGAUCAAAAAGCCGUUGAGGAUCAUCAUUGCCAUUAUAAUGACCUUCUUCUUAUGUUGGUGUCCCUACCAUGCACUCAACCUCUUGGAAACCCAACACCGCUCCGUCUCAAAGGACAAGGUUCAUGCUUUAUUCAGCAUUGCAGUGCCAAUUGUCACAUCCAUUGCGGUUUCCAACAGUUGCAUGAACCCUGUCCUUUACGUCUUCAUGGGCCAAGAUUUCAAAAAGUUUAAGAUGACUGUCCUGUCCAGGCUGGCGAAUGCACUGAGUGAGGACACUGUUCACUCAUCUCUCCCACGCAGGAGCUUCACAAAACCUUCUUCAAUGACUGAAAAGGAAACCAUGUUACUCUGAGCACUGGAACGUGAGAACAUAACGUGAUGGCUCAGACCCAGGGCCCAUCUAGUCCAGCAUUCUGUUCACACAGUGACUGACCAGCUGUUGACUAGGAACCCACAAGCAGGACAUAAGUGCUGUAGCACCCUCCCAUCCAUGUUCCCCAGCAACUGGUGUACAUAGACUUACCACCUCUGCUGCUAGAGGUAGCGUAUAGCUACCAGGACUAGUAGCCAGGACUUUGUCUACCCCCCUUUUAAAGCCAUCCAAAUUGAUGGCCCCCAUUACAUCUUGCAGGCCCGGCUCAAGGCAGUCCGUGCCUGAAGUAAGAUAUGUCACACCAUCGCCUCCCACCCCCAAAAUUAUGGCCUCCUCCUUGGCCUCCCCGCCUUCAAGAAGUAGCUUCUCACUGUUCCAUGUGGGCAGACAUGCAGGAGAUGACCAUCCCUGGGUUCUCGAAUACUUAUUCUGGGCUAUCCAAUUUUUCCCAACAGAGGAAUAGAUUCUAAUGGAAGCUCUCUCUGUGUGUGUAUUCCCCACACACACACACACUAUAAAUUGUGCUUCAGGGAUUCGUUGUUUCAUCUAACCUGUCCAGCAACUUUCUUGCUCUUCUUGUUGUCUUUUUG